AUGAGUUUUAGACGUCUGUUGUUGUCGCGGAAGCGAAAGUUGUCCGAGCUAUACUAUGCGACCGUGAGUUGGGGGGAUCUCGAAACGACUGUCCACAAUCCACAAUACCAAGAGAAGGAAAGACUGUUCCUUGAUGCAAAUGACAUUCAAAAAGGCCGCUUCUUUGACGUCUCAACCCUACCACCACGACCUCGUCAUUUUCGACCACCUUUGUCAGAAACCAUCCUCCAAACAUCCCAAAUUCCUCAUAAUAUCCAGGCUACCCAUUCGUACAGUUCAAGUUCUGCGCCACAUCCAUCCAGCGGUGCACCUUCGCCGAAAAGGGUUCCCAGUCCAGCAGUUCCAUUAGCCCCGCCCGUCCAUGUCCAGGAAAGCAAGGAUGUCGAGGCGGAUGGUGAGGACGCUGGCACAAAGGAGGCGCCAUCAGAUGUCACAGUAAGCGGGAGGAGCAGCGAGGUCAAAUCCACACCUUACGAGCUGGAACAGCAAAAUCAGAAAACAAUUGGCCCUGCCGGCUCUUCACAGCAGCAAGGCGGUCAAGGACUACAACAUGCUGAGGACACUUCAGAAACCACGACUGGCCCGCCCGAGGUAGAGCCAGGUGGUGAGCUGCGUCCGGGCCCGUCGUUUCAGCAGGUCAUUCGUGAGGAAACCGGAAGACAGCCAAGUCCGCUUGUCCUUGCACCUAUCUCUACGAAUGCCGACCCACAAUCCUCUCCAGCCUCGACUAAUGGUGCCGGGUCUUCUAACGCACCCGAUGUUGCGGCAGGCUCGCCGACUACCCGUCCUGGUGACGAACACGGCCCAGAGGAGCUGAGGAAUCUUGAUCAUGACCCAUUGAGAGGGGACGCGUUAGACGCAAGCAAGUCAACAGACAAGAAACCCUCAGCACACCUAGAUGCAGAGCUGCCGCAUAAUGCCAAACCUAUGCAACCCCCAACUGACGUUAGCCAUGAUUCAAUAUUCCGACCGAGGCCGAAUUCCGUGCUUGGAGGUCAAGGUACACCUGGCAUAGCAGCCACAGCCACUGGCAAGCCUAGUAUGCGGAUUGAUACUCAGAAUGUUGCCUCAUCCCAUAAUCGACCCAGAGACAUUAACCAAUCGAACGAAAGUCCCAUGUCCUUGAAUAAUGCUUUCACGCCGCGAAGAGUUCCUAGCUCAGCCUCAGCCUCCGGUGGCCAAUCACCACCUGGUAGAAUCACUCGUAUAUCAUCUGGAACGAUACGACAUAGAUCGGUAUCAGAGAUUCUUGGGGAGAGACCGAAACCACCGUCGCCAGCUGCUGACAAACCCUCCAACCACAACCCAGGUUCUGCAUCUGUGCGGGAAGCUUUCGAAGCCUCGACACUUCAAAGCCGUCUAACAGAUCGUAAAGAGCGAGAAAAGGAUCGCAGCAAACUGUCAACAGUUGUCUUUGCCAAGCAGCAGCAUGCUCUCGAGUCUGCCCCCUCUACUGAACUCUUGCGCAAGGUAUCUGGCGAGAUUACACCAUAUGCCCAGGAAGAACGGGACUACCUGCAUACUUUGUUCGAGUCAAAAGCGUAUUCGCCGCCGCGUGGUCAGUCACUAAACACGUUGUUGCAAUCAGCACAUAAGACGUUAUCAACGGCAGAUUAUCUUAUUGAUUAUCAAGAGCAGAUGAAUUGUCGAACCUUGAAGCGUAUCUAUCAGUUGCAAAGCGCCAACCGAUGGCCGCUCCGCCAGAUGGAGCGUGCUCCGGAGCCUGUUAGACCAACCUCUCACUGGGACUUCCUGUUGGACCAUGCAAAGUGGAUGCGGACAGACUUCAAGGAGGAGAGGAAAUGGAAAAUCGCUGCAGCACGGGGCGUUGCAGAAUGGUGUGCAGAAUGGGUAGGAAGCAGUCCACGAAGACGACAGCAACUACAGAUCAGAGUGCGACCACAUCACUCCCUGUCAAACCUCGAGAAAGACUUCAAUGUUCAGAUGGAAGACCACUUUGAGGCUUCAGCCUCUCCAGUGCUGCAAACUCCGGAUCUUGUUCCAUCGGCAGAGAAUGACUCAAUUUCUGAUGGGUACGUGGACGAUAUAAUGGAUCUGAGACUUUCUUCGGCACCCGCAGCUAUUUUUUCCUUAGGCGCUUCCGAUUUCAUUUUCCCAAUGAGCCAGACCCCGGCUACGGAUAAGCUCCUUAGCGAAUUACCAUUCUAUGAGCCGGCUCGAAUUGGGCUCGACUUAUCGCAAUCGGACCUUGCUGAACGCUCUGAUGCCAAAUGGAAGACGGAUAUCAUUCCCAUUUCAAGAUUUGCCACAGAGAAGAUCCGCUAUCGCCCCCCCAAAGCUCCGUCAAAACGCAGCCGUUAUGACUACGAAGAAGAGGAAUACGCGUCCAGAGACUCACAGCCACUGCCUCCAGAACAGACGAAUGUUGCCUUGUUUAUGCCAGAGAAUAAGCAUAUCCGCGAUCGGAUACAUCCUGGACAUUCUUUCAGACCUCCUUCCGAAUACCAAAUGCCUGCACAAGCUUUCUUUGAAUCGAGGGCCUCUUCUCAAUGGACACAAAUUGAAGACGAUGAGCUUCGGAAACUCGUCAAAGACUACUCCUAUAAUUGGUCCCUCAUCUCCAGCUGUCUAUCUACGAGAUUACCCUUCCAUUCAGGGGCGGAUCGACGAACACCGUGGGAGUGCUUUGAGAGAUGGAUCAAUCUGGAAGGGUUACCAGCAGACAUGUCAAAGACACCAUAUUUCCGAGCCUAUCAUUCUCGUAUCGAAGCUGCGGGCAGGCAUGUUAUUGCUCAGCAGGAGGCUGCACAACGUCAGAUUGGUGGGAACCCAGCUUUGACGGCCAGAAAGCGGACUACACAGCCCAUUAGGGUAGAGCGCAAGAAGAAUCAGAGACACCUAGCAAUGUUAGACGCAAUGAGGAAGCUGGCAAAGAAGAGGGAGACCGCGCUUCAGAAGCAACAGCAUGCUGCAGAUCUGGCUGCCAUGCGAAAGGCUAAUGAAGCGGAUCGACCACGUCCUCCCUAUUCUACUCCUGCUGAGUUCUCCCGUCUAAAACAUGAGCGCGAGGUCAAGUUGGCAGAAAGGCAAGAAAUCUAUCGAUUGCAGGUUCUUGCCCAGCAAAAGGCUGCCAUGCAACAGCGCACAGCCCAAAUGAAUCAAGCCAACGGUCUGCCAAAUGGUAGUGCUCGUUCCAGCUCUGGUCUGGCAAAUGGCGGGCUAGCUGGUCCAUCAAAUUCUGGUAUGUCGAGCGGACUCCCUAGUGCGAUUGGCUCUUCCCACCAGCCUAGACCACAGCCUGGUCUGCAAGGCCUGCCCAAUGGCGGCCCUUCAAAUGGUACUUUCCCAGCCAAUAUGCUGGGUCCCAAGGGUCUUACUCAAGGUCAAAUGCAAGCUGGGUUGGCGUCCGGACGUAGUCUGGGAAAUUCUCCUGAGCAUAUGCGCGUCUUGUAUGAAGCCACUCGGCUUCAACAGCAACAGCAGAUGAUGCUCGCUACGCGCCAACAUCAGCAACAAGGGUCAAAUGGUUCAACAGGCCAACGCUCAUCGCCGAACAUGUCGAAUGCGGGGAUUGCCGGUGCGAAUGGCAAUCCGAACAGUCCAGCAUUCCUGGCCACCAUGGUUGCCAGCAACGGUGUUCCUUCACCCUCAAUGCCAGGUAGCCACGCUAAUGGUGUUGGGAACGCCGGGUCUCCGCGACUUGCAAACGGGCACCCUCUUUCUUCCGGUGUGAUGCCUGCAAUCUCUCAGCUUGCCGCGGGUAUUCAACGUCAGAACCCUGAAAUGGCGGCUGAAGAUGUCCAGCGCCUUGCCACAUCGCAACUCAAUGCGUAUCGACAACAUGCAGCUCAAAAUGCGUCCCAGAAAUCGAUGAACCAGGCAGCUCUAAACGCCGCAGCCGGCGCUGCCAACGCAAGUGCCCAUGCCGCCAAUGCAAGCACAUAUAGCCGGCAAGGAAUGAUGACGAAUGAACAUGUGCAGGCAUACAAUGCCCAGCUUCGACACCAGCAAGCAGCUCAAAGAGCCAACGGAGGCUAUGGUAAUGCUAGUCUGAGCGCUGGUUUCGGGAUGAACGUGAACGGUAAUAUGGGCGGUUUGGGAGGUAUGGCAGGUUUCACAGGUUCACCAGUGCUCAACAUGGCGAGACCUGUUAGCAACCACACCGCUCAAGGUCAGCUCAGCCGAAGUGCAACCCCGAGAGAUCAACGUGGUAGCAGCAGCGGUGUGAUGGCUCAAGGCAGUCCUGCAAGAGGGCCCCAGGGACAGAUGCAAUCUUGA